GUAUAAAUACUCAUUGGGUUUGGCAAAAGAAUUUUUUUUGUCACAUGCUCCCAAACAGAUUACGGUAGCUAGCAACAACAUCACCAUUGAUGCAAUCCACCCUCUAUCCUCAUCUCAUGCUAUAGUCUCUGACUCACACGCUAUCACUCUCCAAAAGGUGAAAGCACAUUCAUGGAGCCCAAUUUGGGAUAUUCCAGGGUCUUCUGUUUACUCUUCCUUGCUUCAACUUCAUUGAUUUUCCUCUCACACUGGGCUUCUGCUGCCACUCCCAAGCUCAACAAUCAAGAGAUGAAGGCACUGAAGGAGAUAGGGAGCAAGAUUGGGAAGAAAGAUUGGGACUUUGGAGUGGAUCCUUGCAGUGGAAAAGGGAGUUGGAAUGUUUCUGAUGAUAGGAAAGGCUUUCAGAGCACUGUGAUGUGUGAUUGUUCCUUCAAUAACAACACUUCUUGCCAUGUUGUAAGCAUGUAAAUCUCUCUCUCUCUCU